GGCUCCACGUCAAAUAGUGCCGUCGCCGCCCCCCCGCGGGAGGACUCCCCGCGCCCCCGGCGUGUGCCCCGCGCCGCGCCUGGCCCCGAGCGCGGACCGGACGCCCCGGCCAGGCCGAGCGCCCCGCUGGCCCCUCGCCGAAGUUUGACUUCAGCGCUAAGAGGAGUGGCCCGAGCGAGGCCAGACUGAGCGGACCGCGGGGAGCGCAGCGGCUCCACCAGGGGACGGCGCCGGUCCGGAGAGGCAGCCCGGGAACCCCGACUGUCGGCCGAGGUACCCACCUGGCCUGGUACCGCGCUCGGCGUCCAGGCCGCUGCGUCGGGCUGCAGUGCACCGCGCCCGGACCGUCUGUGUCUUCGGACCCCUGGAUCCCCACGGAGGCGCGGCUCGCCCUGGAGCAGGAGGGCUGAUGCGUCCCCGGGACAGGCGCUGGCUGCCCCCGCGAGCCUCUGCGGGGCAACCCGGCCCCUCCGGGAGCGGAGCAGCGGCGCGGAGCGGGGCGGGGGCGGAGGGCACGGGAGGCGGGUCCCCUGACCCCGCUAGAGGCGAGAGGGCGGAUCGGAUUUGGAGCCUGCGGGAGGCUUGGUCAGAAGUGGCCCCCUGUGCCGUGGGGCCCCGCGCAGGGGCCCGGCUUUGUGGAGGAUUAGAGGCUCCCGCCCCACCCAGUACCUGCGUGUGUGUUGGUGGGUAUCUAUGUGUGCCUGUGCGUGUCGAUGCUCCCGCCUCUGAGGUUCUUGCGUGCCUGUGCACCCGUGUCUCUGUGCACAAACAAUAUUUCUGUGUCCCUGCGACUAUCUGGGCUCCGAGCAGAGCAGCGUGUGAAUCUGUGUCUAUUCCCCUGCAGGCAUAUAUGUCUGGGUGUGAAUCUGCAGGUCCUGCCAUGCCUCUGGAUCUUCUGUGCUUCUGUAGGUCUUUGUGUGUACCCCUGUAUCUGUCAUUCUAUGCGGGGGCACAGGUCUUUGUGUGUCUCUCAGUCUCUGUGGCUGGAAUCUUUUUCUGCUUAUGCGUGUCUUCGUGUCACCUUUGUGUAUCUGUGUGUAUUUCUGAAUGAUUCUGUGUGCUCUCAUGUCGUUCGGAGUUUUUGGGUUUGUGUGUGUGGCUUUGUGUCUACAUGUAUUUCUCGUGUCUUUGUUGUGUCUGUAUCCAGGACGGUGGAUGAGUGGAAAUGGAGUUUCUCUCAGACGCCCUUUGUCCCCUGGCCUUGCGCAGCCUGGAAACCCCAGGCCGUGAGCUCUCGAGGUAGGACCUGGGCCUGGGCCGCCUUGUCCGGGCAUCUGGGGCGGGGCGCGGCAGCUGCCGGGAGAAGCCGGGCGGGUAAGGUUCAGGCGUGCAGAGCCGGGAGGCGCAGAGCCGGCGCGGGGUUGGCAGACCCACCGGGCGCAUUCUGCCCUCUGCUGGCAUUGCUGCGUCUCUGCACCAGCUGCUGUAGGCGAGAGGGUCCUGGUUCCAGGCCCACACUCUCGCCUGCUUCCGAGCGCAGUCGGGUAUCCUCUCCUGUCAUUGCUCUGCAGACUCGUCUAGGACCCCAAACUUUCUGUGCAGCGUUCCGUUCUCCUCCUCCGUCUCCCACUCCCUACUUCCCUGUGCCGGGCCUCUUCCUCUCCACACUUAUCCCUUGGCUGGACGGGGCCCCUGUAGCCUGGCCUCCGAGGCUUCUCUGUCCCCGCGCUGGCGUCCAGAGCCAAGCAAGGGCCACCGACUGUGCCCAGGGUCGUGUUUCCAGGGCCGCAGAGAAGCUUGGCACAUCGCCCCGGUGCUCCUGCCCUUGUCAAAGCCCACACCACCAGAGCUCACAUCGAGAGGGCCGACGUGAGGGGCCAGACCCAGCAGCGGGUUUCUCUUUCUAGUCUGGGAGUCGGGCUACCCAGACCACAAACCUGGAGCCCCUCUCCGGGUCCCGCUCACUGUCCAUCCGUACCCGCACUCCCUCCCGCGCUCCGGAUUACCCUAUAGGUCCUGGUCCUUGUCCUUUGUCGCCGCUGCACGGCCCCUCGCUCCCCCAGCGGAGUGAGCGGUCCCGGGUCCUUCGUACAGACGCGCAGAGGCCUCGGGUCUCGAGCACAGCCGCGGCUUCUGGGCCUCCCACCGCAUCCCUUCCCCCGCGGAAGAAGCCGACUGCACGGUAGGAUGCGGGCCUAAGCCCAGAGCCGGGUGCUGCCAGGAGGCGGCCAGAGGCACUUUGCCGGCCCCGACCGGGAGCGCUGAGAUCAGAUACGCGCAGAAUCCCCCCCGGCAGCCCUGGACCCCAAACCCCGACGGCCGCUGGCACCCGCACGCACCGGCGGAUCCGGGAUUCUCUCUGGUGCGGAUCAGCGGCAGAAACAGCCUCAGCUUUUCUCCACCUGAGGAAAGACCAAGCCAGCCGUUCAGAAUUGUUUGGGAGGAAGCAAGCAUGAGAGGGAAGCUCUAGGCGGGUGUAUCAGCUCCCCUUAAUCCUGCGGAAACCCCAUUUCCACGAACCUUUCUCUAUACCCCUUUGCUCCUGUCCUUAGGGCCGUGCACCCUUGCGCCUGCCUGUGCUACUGGCCUCCCAUGAGCACAACCGUAAGACCCGUGCCCCCUGUGGGGUCCUGUCCGUUCUCUGCAGGACUAUGCUUCUGACCAGAGCUGAAACAAGGUCCCCUCCCUGUUUACAGCCCUAGGUGGAGGCGAGGAUCCCCGGCGGGGGUGGAGUACCAGGCCCAGCUCCAGCCCGCCGGGUGCGGAGGAGCCUGAAGGCACAGACCAAGGGCUGCAGGACCUGCAAUUACACCCCGCCCUGAGAGCCAGACCUGCCUCAGCUUCCCCCAGCGCCCCUGGCCUGGGCCAUCUUCAGAUAGCGGGAGGCAGGCAGACUGGACCAGAGCCGCCCCAAGCCAUGGGCUGGAUUGGGGGCUGCCAUUCCCGGGAUGCAGGCCGGGAUUCCGAGGCCUGGGAGCUCCGGAAGUGCAGCCAGACAGCACCGGCAGACGCUGAGUACCUGAACCUUCAUUCUGAGCUGGUGGUGACCAUGUUCGGGUCGAUGGUUCCCAGCUGUGCUUGACCCCAGGACACAGAGGCCAAAGGCUUAGGCCCCUUCUCAGCCAGCAGAGAGAUGGAUGUGUGUGAUAAGUAACCUGGCCGCCUUCCCACAGCCCAGGGAAAGUGUCUGUGGUCUUGUGCCUGUGGAGGGCUCGCAGAGACACUAACCGUGGUGGAAGAGAGGACUGACCAGGCAGAGGUCCAAGCUGGGUCCUUUGGACAGGGGGCCAGGAGCGGGUUCUCACUCUCCCAUCUGGGCUUUCUAGGCUCCUGAGAGAGGUGGCAGGGGACAGAAGUCACGUCAGAGUUUGUUGGGGAGAUGGAGUUUAUCUCCGAGGUUGUGUGCGAGGGUGCUACGCAGGGAUUUCCAGCCCCAGCAAAGUCCUGUCCUUCCUGCAGCCCAGCCCCUUCUUCAACUAGCUGAUGGGGUGGGGGCAGGGGUCCUCCGGCCACAGACUCAUGACAGUUCAACACAAGGUCUGGGCCAUUUGUUAUGAGAUUCCUUCCUGGUCGGUCAGGAGAUGAGAUGCGCUGGGAUCCAAAGGCUGCUAUCUGCCCUCAGGGCUGGGGAGGGACAGUGCCCUGGCCAGGUGCCCAGGGCUAAGUCUUCCACUGGCCAGGCAGUGGUUCAGAGGGGUCAAGAGCAGAUCUCAGGGGAUCACCCAGAUCUGGUUCAGGAUCUGCCUGUGGGGUCUCGGCAAGUCUGGCUUCCUGAUCUGUAAAGUGUGCAUAACAAUACCACUCAACCCACCAGGCUGUUAGAGAGGAUGGCUCCUACAGUGCCUGGCACAUAGUAGGCCUCUAUAAAUGUUUGGUGAAUACUUGGAUAAAAGGGAGUCCCCAGGGCUGGGGAGGUCACAGGUGCCUCCUCCUCUUCCUCCUACCAGGGCCUGAGCUCAGCCAUCUGCCUUCUUUUAGGGCAGGUGAAACUCAGAUCCAGGCACCUGUGGGCUGGGCACAGGAGAACCCCCACCCGCAACCUGACCCAUGCAGCAGUGCCAGACACCCACCCAGACAGCCCCUGCCUCCUCCACGUGCCCUGGCUGUGGAGCCUGGGGCCUAGGGAAGCUUUGGGAGGCAACAGAAUUAGGAGCGUCAGGCCAAUGCACCAAAACUGACCGGGUGGGACUGUCAAGGUGCUGUUUAUCUUUAUUUUUUUUCACAGCUCGAGAAUCUUUAAAAUUUUUUCUUAUAUUAAUUUUUUUAAAAGCUCAAGAAUCUUUGCAUUUCUUACCAAAUGGAUGGGUUGGGUUAUUUCAGCAGCCCAGCUAGAACCAGGGGCUUUCCCUCCCAAGGACCUGAGCCAGAACAAAGAAAAGGCCCAGGACUGUAUAUGGAACCAUAAAAGCCCCAUUAGGACACUAAGAAUAACUUACAGAAAGACAUUUUAUAUGAAUUGGACACAAAUUCACAAAAGCAAGGAAGUUCAUUGGUCUCUACCCUGAGGGUCCAUGGCUGGGGAAGGGGGCUGCGUGUGAUGCAGGGGCCAGCACCCAUUCUAUUUGAUCUUUAUCUUAAAUGUACUUCAAAAUGCUUGGGAUCUGCAGAAUUGGAGGUUUGCCCCUUCCUGUAAUUACUGGGUGUCUAUUAAAGUGUUUAUGAGUGUCUGUGCAAAUAAAUGCAUAUGA